CGUCAUGUUUGUACCGUCGUCAUCAGGACGUGGCGGGAUGCUUCUCCCGACCCCGGAAGGGGGCAGUGCCGCACCACCGACGCGGACGUAUGCAAUGGAAGACAGGCAUUUGUCGAAAAUUCUCUGGGGUGAUGACGAGGACAGCGACCCACCUCCAGAGGUUGUGCCGUGGCGGAUGGUAACCCCGCGACUGAAAACGAUGGACGUGGCUCUCGUGCUGUGUUUGAACAUCGGGACAGAUCCCCCGGACAUUGUAAAGCCAACUCCAUGCGCGCGAAAGGAGUGUUGGGUCGAACCUUUCUCGAUGCCAGCGCAGAAAGCCCUCGAGACAAUCGGCAAGACCCUGCAGUCGCAGUACGAGCGGUGGCAACCCCGCGCGCGAUAUCGGCAGUCGCUGGACCCCACGGCCGAGGAGAUCAAGCAGCUCUGCGUCUCUCUGCGGCGUCACGCAAAACACGACCGCGUACUAUUCCACUACAACGGCCACGGCGUGCCCCGUCCGACAUCGAAUGGCGAGAUCUGGGUGUUCAACAAGAGCUACACCCAGUACAUCCCGCUCCUCGUGUACGAGCUUCAGGUGUGGGUUGGCACGCCGAGCAUCUACUUGUUCGACUGCUCUGCCGCGGGCAUCCUCUUGCAGCACUUCCGGUCGACGGAUGCGAUCUUGCUCGCAGCUUGCGGCGCCAACGAAGUGCUUCCGAUGCACCCGAGUCUAUGUGCCGACGUAUUUACAUCGUGCUUGACGACGCCCAUCACGGUCGCGCUGCGGUGGUUUCUGUCGCAGAACGAGAAGAGUAUGGGUCAUCUCGAGCCGAGUGUGAUCGAUCGCAUUCCAGGCAAACUCACUGACCGAAAGACGCCGUUGGGGGAGCUCAACUGGAUUUUCACGGCCAUCACCGACACCAUCGCAUGGAAUCUCUUCCCUCCCGCUCUCUUCCAGCGACUCUUUCGCCAGGAUCUUCUCGUAGCGUCGCUGUUUCGCAACUUUUUGCUCGCCGAGCGCAUCCUCAAGUCGCAAGGGUGCACACCAUGCUCCCUUCCCGCGCUGCCGCCGACGUCGCACCAUCCGCUGUGGCGGUCCUGGGACUUGGCGGCGGAAACCUGCCUCUCCCAGCUGCACACGCCAUCGCCAAUGGCCCCGCCGUCGACUCCGCCAUUGAACACGGUGCUGACCGCGAGUCCAUCGGCCGAUAUUACAUUCCACCACUCCCGCUUCUUUGCCGAGCAACUGACUGCAUUUGAAGUGUGGCUUGAGUUCGGAUCCCCUGCCAAACCGCCGCCACCGCAGCUCCCGAUCAUCCUCCAGAUGCUGCUCAACCAAGCGCUGCGCCUUCGCGCGCUGUGCCUCCUCACCGACUUCUUUGAGCUCGGGCCGUAUGCCGUCAACCUUACCCUCAACGUUGGCAUCUUCCCGUACGUGGAAAAGCUCCUGCAGAGCCCCGCCCCCGAACUCCGCCACGUCCUUGUCUCGAUCUGGUGCAAAAUCAUGGCCCUCGACAAAUCGUGCCAGGUCGACCUCGUCAAAGUCGACGGACACCUCUAUUUUCUCCAUCACUUGACCACGCCUCUCCUCCCCGACGCACAGAAGAUCCAGGCGCUGUUUGUGCUCAGCGGUCUGUGCGAUGGCUUCACCCUCGGCCAGCAAGCGCUGCUGCCGCAUGUAGGGUCCGUCACCCCGUUUCUCUCGGACGCGAACCCGAUGGUUCGCUUGUGGGCGUGCCUCACGUUGGGCAAGAGUUGGGAGCGCUUCGAGCUCCCGUCGGCCGCUGCGCUCGAGAGGCAGUUUGCACCGCCCCUGCUCCACUUGGCCGCGUCGGAUCCGAGUCCGAGUGUUCGUGCGUCGGCCGUGUUUGCUCUCGGCGCGUUUCCUCGACAGGACCUAUCCCUCGCGCUGCAGUUCUCGUGGUGCUUGCUCGACGCGUCGCCGCUCGUGCGCCGCGAAGGCAUCGUCGCGUAUGCUGGCGUCGUCCUCCACCCAAGGAAUGUGGCGCUCUUUGACACGUCCAACAACAGCAGCGUGCUGGACCCGUCCGCUGCGUCGGUCUGGAGCGCGCUCAAGCAAGUACAACAGAACGACCCGUUCCCAGCGCUGCGGCCGCUGGUCAAGAUCCUCUUGACGCGGGUGCCGACGGCCGCGCUCGCUUCGAUCAUUCCCCGAGACAAUUCUCUUCCCAACCUCGAGACGCCGCCGUCCGCUGCGUCGUCCGUGCGGCCGUCGCAGUCGUUGGACAGCAUGUCCAGCGUCGACAAUGCUCUGUCGGCGGUCGUGCUCCCCACGCAACUGCAGAGCAAGUUGUACGCUUGGGCGAGCGCCGAAUACAACCGUGGAAAGCCUCCACCGGACGAAGCGACCGACCCCCUCAGCCCCGAAGGCCAGCUCCAUUUGCACCGACGUCGAAAGUAUGCCGCGAUUCGAGCGACGGCAACCCACUUGGCCCUUCAAAAAGACGACGACAUUCGCCACUACGGGCUCCACUUGCGACAAAGCGCCGUCUUCAACAGCAAGUCCGAGAUGUCGUCGCUCAUGGUCUUCCACCCGUACGACAGCGUGCUGGUCGUAGCCGAUGACAAGGACCAGAUCGCAGUGUGGAAUGUCGACUCGAGCGACCGCGUGCUCCAGUUCAGCAACCAAAACCCGGUCGGAUCCCGCGUGACAGCGUUGGGCUGGCUCAACCAGGAAACGCAGUCGCUGCUGUACUGUGGGUCGGACGACGGCGUUGUCAAGGUGUACGAGUCGUCCAACAUGGUGCUCGCGUUCGCCGCCGUGCCCGAUCUCACCCCCGGCACGCGCGGCUCGGGCCUUGUCACAACCUGGCAGCAACAAACCGGUCUCUUUUUUGCCGGCGGCAACUGCAGCACGUUGCGAGGGUGGCAGCUCGACCACGAAAUGUGCACGAUCGCGGUACGGGUCGUGCUGCCUCCUGAAUAUGCGAACGACCGGAAUCGUAGGUGCCGACUCAAACGGACGCGUGUGUGACGAGUUUGCACAGCGACGACGUCAUGGGGUGCAUGGCGGCGGGAUUUGGCGACGGCACCGUGCGGCUCUUUGACGUUCGAGGGGCCAAGUCCCCGAUGGUGCUCAAGGAGCAUUCGAGUUGGAUCGUCGGUACGACCUUGUCAUGGAAAUGCCGUGAUGAUGAUGAUGGUGCCAGGAACGCACUUGUAUCGAUCCAAGCACGAGCUGUUGUCUGGGUCUGUGUCGGGGGACGUCAAAUUGUGGGACCUGCGCUACCAAAAGGCAAGCGUCAAGACAUUCGAGGCCCAUCGGUCGCCGAUGACGGCGCUGGCUGUCCACGACUUUGCGCCGCUGUACGCGACGGGAUCGCACAAUCAGUUUAUCAAAGUGUUUCGCCAAGACGGCGAGCAGCUCGCGCUGAUUCGGUACCACGAAGGCUUCCUCGGCGAACGCAUUGGUCCAGUCAGCUGCCUCGCGUUUCACCCGCAUCGAUUGCUUCUAGCCGCCGGGGCCACGGACUCGCUCAUUGCGAUCUAUUCCAGUGACAAGUAAAAUGAACCAUCUCCAUGUACAGGUCGAUGGAAGACAUCGAGUCCCCAUCGACAUGCUCGGACGAGAGCGCUUCGAUUCAACGCAGAGUGUUGU